GUCACCUCUGACUGGUAAUAGCCAGAUAGCGGAAAACAACUAGAGAUGAUGCUGGAGAGCUCGGCAUAUUUGAACCGUCCCAUAGAGUGAAUAAAUGCGUUUUUCAAUUAGAAUAUCUCUUUGAGCAUUUGUGCUUUACUUUACAAGACUGACGUUUUAUCAAAAUGAUGGAAGAAAUUGACAGAUUUCAAGUGCCACCAGUAAAUCCAGAGAUGAAGCUGCUGGAUCCUGCAGGAACGUCCACUUUGGAGGCUGAAACAGGAACGAGAGAAUCAGAGUCAGUCGCCAUCAACUACAAGCCCUCUCCUCUACAAGUGAAGAUAGAGAAACAGCGAGAGCUUGCGAGGAAGGGCUCGGUGAAGAACGGAACUGUGGGUAGUCCAGUCAAUCAGCAGCCCAAGAAAAAUAACGUUAUGGCCAGAACAAGGUUGGUUGUCCCUAAUAAAGGCUAUUCAUCCUUAGACCAGAGUCCAGAUGAGAAGCCACUUGUAGCACUGGACACUGACAGUGAUGAUGACUUCGAUAUGUCAAGAUAUUCAUCAUCUGGAUAUUCCUCAGCUGAGGUGAGAUGUCUAAAAGACCAGCAAAUAAACCAAGACUUGAAUAUCCAGCUGCUGAAGGAUGGCUACCGAUUGGAUGAAAUCCCAGAUGAUGAAGACCUUGAUCUCAUCCCCCCAAAAUCAGUCAACCCCACCUGCAUGUGCUGCCAAGCCACUUCCUCCACAGCCUGUCAAAUUCAGUAACCCCAGCCUCCCUUGAACCCCCCAGUCCCAGCCUUGUGGGUUAAGCUCACAGUUAGUACCCUCAGCAUAGAUUAACUACUAAAGAACUUAAAAACAAUAGAAUGGGUAUAUUGAAAUUAACAUAAAAUAGGGAAACAUAAUGAAUGAAAAUGCACAAGUAUGUAACUGUCAUUGGUUCCUCCUAUGGUAGGACGCGAGUCUUUGUAUCACCAGAGGGCGCUAGACUUAGUUGUGUAUAGCUGUGAGAUACGUUGAGGUGUAUAUAAAUGCAUGGUGCAACAUUAGAAGAAUACAGCUGCUCAAGUAUCUUUUUAAAAUGGCACAAAACUGAACAUUUCAUCCUUCUAUAGAACAGUUUUCCCAACCUUUUUUGUCUUAAAUAUCCUAAAGGUCCAUCAGAAAGAGCCCCUUUACACUAAACGAGAAACGUGUAGCUUUUAACUUAUAUAAUAGGCCUACUCACUUGAUAAAAAAAAUGCUUGAAGAGUAAUGGCAAGCCCUAAUGAUUUUAUUUUUUAUUUAAACUCAGUUUCUGUUUUAUAGGUUUAUCAAAGCAAAAUCAAAAAAAAAAAUUCCCCUCCUUUUUUGGGAUCCACUGCUCUAGAAUAUCCGCUUUUGUUUAGCUGAUGCUUUCUGAUGCUAUUAGGACAGGUGUGCUUGUUUUCUAAUGAAAGGGAGUGUAUAGUGACCAGGUGAAUUUGUUUCUCAGAUCAGUUUCAUUGCAAACUUACAUAUUAAUAUAUUAUGAGUAGCUUUGUAGCAAACACUAAUAAAGGGAAUAUUCUUAAAUUGAGAUCCAUACAGAAGACACUGCUCUGCUACGAAACUGACUGCAGAUGUAAAUGUUAAGUCAGGGAAAUCUCAUUGAAUAGUAAAGAUGUGUUUACUAAGAGACUUUUUUGAACAUAUUUUUUGUUUAUCAGUAGGUUUUGGUCAGAGUUGCUGCACAGAAACCCAACAGACUGAGGAAAUUGUAAUCACUUAAAUGUUAGUGUUCAAAAAUAAACUAAAAAUGUACCUCUACAUAGGACAAACAAGAUAAUUCGGUACAAUUUUCUGAUUCAGUGCAUUUCAUUUAUGAGAGCUCUUUGUUUUGAGAAUUGUUGCAAUUUAUUAGGAAGGGAAGAAAGCUUGUGUUGAUGUACUUGAAGAUAAUAGCAGCUGCCAGAUACAUAUCCCAUAAUCUCUGUCAUAAACAGGACAAAAAUACUAUAAAUUUAGUUCAUCUAGUUUGUGCCAAAAUGCAUAGAAUGCGUUGUUUCUUUAUUUCAUAGAUGGAACAGGCAUGAAAUGCCUAUGGCCUGCAUUUAAAAUCAAUUUUACACUUUAGUGCUCUCGUCUUUUUAGUAAUUUUAAAGUGCAAUACUUUUUUGUGAGACAUUAAGUGUAGUACUCUAGAACAGGAUGCUCUGCGUUUGCUGUUUUGCUUCAAUUUGAUGCCUUUCCUUAUAAACGUCUUUAUAAAUUCAUCUCAGUCAGUGGCCAAAUCACUAUCACUUCUGAUAAGCAACAUUAAACACUCAUAGUAUGAAGGUCCUUGGAUUGAUUUGAAGAUUGUACUGUUCUCUACAGUAUUUGUGUCUUCUUUUUGUCAUGCAACUGUUGUUUAUUUUGUGCAACUUUCAGAGCACCUUAUUGUCUUGCAUGUACAUCGUCACCCAGAUGCUCUUGCACUAAGAACAUAACCUAGUAACACUCCAGUUUUCAUCUGAUUUGGCAAAUUAAGAGAAUUUAUGAAGAGAGAUUACAAUAUAAUAGUAUAGUAAUCUAAUAUUUUGUUUUAUACACUACUGUUCAAAAGUUUGAGGUCAGUAGGAUUUUUUUUUUUUUUCAAAUAGUUAUUUUUUUGAGCAAGAAUGCAUUAAAUUGGCAGGAAGAUUUCUAUUUCAAAUACUUUUCUUUUUAAAAUCCCCCCAAAAAUAGAAUAAAAUAAAAAAAAAUAAUAAUAACAAAAUAGUUUCCACAGAAAUAUUCAACAGCACAACUAUGGAAGCUUUUUUUUUUCUGCCAUGAAAAAUAAAUAAAGUUAAUUGCAACUUUUGAUCUCACAAUUCAGACAAUUCAGAUCUUUCUUGCAAUUGAGAGUGAGUUUUUUCCUCACAAUUUAAACUUUUCUUUCAAAAAAUUCAAAAGUCAUAAACUCAGAAUUGUGAGAAAAAAGUCUGAAUUGUGCGAUUAAAGAGUCGCAAUUACUUUUAUUAACUAUUUUUAUCCUGUUGUUGAAACAAGCUUCCACUGUUUUCAACAUUUGCAGCAUAUGAAUAAAUUACAUUUUUACAGUUUAAAAAAAUCUUGCCAUCCCCAAACUUUUGAACAAUAGUGUAGAUCUGAUGUAUGAAUUGACAAGCUUUUUGUUUUGAAUAUUGUGGAUCAGUAUAACAUUUUAAAACUCAUUUAGAACAGUGUGAUGACAUUAGCCAGCUACAUAUGGUCUUUUUACUGCUUCUCAUAUGGAUACAAAACACCCAUAUCCCAAAUGCUUACAUAUUCAUUAUAUUAGUAUGCAGACAAAUAUUUCAUAUUACACUGCCAUGUAAAGGUGCAUUCACUCAGUAUUUUUGUGUAUGUUGAGCAUGAGCAUUACACAAAUGUUUUCACUUGCCAAUGCCAUUGUUAAUUUAUUCCACAAGGGAAAAUGUCCACUUAUGGCCAUGUUUCAGUGGUAUAGCCCUUAGCGUAGUUAACCUACAGAAUGCCUGUUCAGUAGACUUACCGUAGAUAUGUACAGUAGAUGGAGAAUUCGAUGGCAAGAUCUCUUAAGCCCGCCGUCUCUAAGCUGUCAUGCUACUUUACAGACGUGCCGUAAGACUGACUGAUCUGUGUAGUGAUGAAUGAAGAUGUCUGUCAUCCCCUGUGUCUCUGCUUUGGUUAUUUGGUUCAAAAUAAACACUCCGUUAUGUAAUGCCUAAUUCACUUUCUGUUACUACACUGAAGUAGAGUAUGCCUUAAGUCAAGCUAUACAAUGGGUCUUGCUAUUUAUUGUCGGUGGUAUGUUUUUAAUUUAUUGAAAUACAGGAUUUUGUUCAACAUUUUGUUUUUUGGUUUAUUUUCUUUCCUACAUUUUUCCCCCUUCUGUCGAUAAAUAUGAUUGUAAAGACAUGAACAGUUUCCAUAGCAGUAUUUAAUAAUGUUUGUUGUUCGGUGUAGUGAAUCAUAUCAGUAAAUACAUCUGAAAUUACAAUUGCAACACCCUUGUCCU